AUGAGCUUGAUAAAUGGUUUGAAAAACGUGCAAGAUUGUGAGAAAAUGGAUAGGAUGCUCUGUUACAAGGAGUUUCCAUAUUUUCACAUUUUGGGUGAUAAGCUUCACACAUACAUUCAUGAUAUGAGAAACAAUUAUGAUUGUAUUGGUUGUUGUGGUCUUACUAGCCUUGCAAUCAAGCUUGUUCAUACUAAUAUGCAUUUAAUGUUUUCAUUAAUUUAUAGCUUGAUUGAGUUGGCUUUAAUCCUACACGUGUUUACAUCAUCUGUCGAAAGAUAUUUCUCAGCAAUGAAGACUAUCAAAAUAGAUUCAUGCACCAAAAUGGAUGAAUGA